CCGCGCUAUUUGUGAUUGGUCAGUUCAUGAUAUACAUUUAAAUAGUAUUAAACUAUGAUGUAAUCAUAUACGUAACUGAACUCCUAGUGAAAAUGUUAUUAGAUUUAUUAAAUGGUUUACAUUUUAUUCUAACAGAAAUUAUAUUAUUGUUACUUACGACCACCAUACAUCCGUUCACCUCUUCAUCACGUUAAUAUAAAUGGAAUUCUUUAUAAACCAAAGGUAUUUAGUUAUGGUACAUCGGCUGAUGAAGACGUCUACAGAAUAGGAAAUACUACCAAAGAUCAGCAAACAGAGAUGAUUAUGGAAAUUCUAUCGUCAAGACCAAAUGCAGAACGACAAAAUAUUGUGCAUCGGUACAACAGGAUUUUUAAAAAAUCUCUACUAGACGAAAGAGAAAACUUUAAAUCGGGAUUAAUGAAACAGUUAUUUGAAGAUCUACUAACAGACACAUCUAUAUUAUUAGCUGAUGAGCUGUACACUGCAAUAAAUGCUUCCAAUUUACAAAAAACGACAAGUAUACUGAUUGAUUUCUGGGGUGAUGAAUUUGAUCAAGUGGAAACUGCUUAUAAAAUAAAUUCUACAGAAUCAAUCUGGAAGACUAUAGAGAAAAAAUUUGGAAAUUCUGUAAAAUCUAUUUUACAUUGCAUAGUUGAAACAAGAAAAUAUGAAACUAAACAAGAAUAUCCAAUAAAAGGUCGAGGUGGUAAGCCGAUAGUUAACAACACAGUAGUGAUUGAGGUAUUUUAUGACUUGAUGAACGUGUUGGAUUCGAAGUACGUCCAUAUUUGGGAGAAAAUUGAAAAAUAGUUUUAUGAUUUUAUACAUCAUUUAAGCGUUUUUGGUUUUUAGUAUUAUUUGCAUUGUAAUAUAUUCCAAUUAAGAUGCUUAAAUAUUCAUAACCUUCAUCGAGUCUGCUUGGCAUGUUGUUGUUUCAUAAAUGAUGACUGGGAUUCGGAAGAAAAUGUGCUUUCACCUGCUAUAAAAUAUUCUAAUCUUAAUGUUAUUGUUCGGCAAGACUAUAAUUUAUGGACGAAGCAAUUAGAUAUAAGAUAACAAGUCUUGGAUUUUAACGCUAAAUUAAUUUAUCCAUUUGGUCAAGUAGCGUUUUGGUAUUAUAGCUGUUGUUAGUUCGUGAUGAAAACCCGAAAUCUAAUUCCUAACCUUAACCAUCAAUUGUAAAUCAUAAUUCGAAUUCCUCACACUGGUUUAUAACGCUCAUUUAGUCUUAGUUAUUAGAUAGACACUCUCAAGGUCACUUUGGUGUCGCCCGAAGGUCGUCUAUAAUAUAUAGUCGCACGGCAAACUCUACUUAAGCCGUCAGCUGACAUAUAUGCUGUUCAAAAGUACCAUUAAUUCUUUCAGAUAAUGAUCUUUUGAGAGAUUUCGUAUUGUCGUAAACAGUCACUUAAAAAUGUCUAUAACAACGAAUAUAUUCUUUGUGUGUACUCUCAAAGUGAUCGUUAGGAUUCCAUAGAACAAUAGAGAAACUAUGUUCGAUUACUCAGUCCAUUACACACAACAGUCUGUGUUUUAGUUGUAGAAACAAAGAUUUUAUGGUGGCUUUCUUUUACAAAUGCACACUUUUAUAAAACCUUACUUUAUUAUGUAUUUCUAAUCAUUUACUGACAACUGAUGAGUGAAUAUACAUUAAUUCCAAAAUUUCUCUACUAGUAACAAGUUUUUUCCGGUUAAGUUAUUGAUGCUUAAGACGAUAAUCGUGAUCAUGAAUGCUCACUGUUGAGGAGUCCCAUAACAGAACGAGACGGCCAAACAGUGCUUCGAGAUUUUUAAUGGUGAUCUAACAUCAAUAGGUUUAUGAUCUCAAUCGAAGUCGAAAUAUGUUUGGGAAUUUCUUAUGUCAGCCUAUUGUUUGUCAAAACAUUGAAUCCUCUGAUAAUAUAUAAUUUCUAUCAACCACUUGUAAAUAAUUCUGUGAAGAAUGUUGCUUUGAAUUUUUUCUUCUUGAUUUCAGCAACGAUGUGGGACAGCAACUUGGUGAACGUCUAUGUAAACUUGAUUCAUUUCAAUUUCAAAAACUAAACAUGAUUUAUAGAAAAAAACCCGUUAGACAAUUUGGUGAAGUUCUUGAAAGCAGGACGUCGGGUCAACUCCACGAUAUUUUAUUAGCAAUGUAUAAUUAUUCCAUUAAUAAACCAAUGUAUUUUGCUACGUUAAUCCACGAUGAGCUUCAUAAAGAACUUAUUGAUAGCUUGAGUGUUCAACGUUUAUUUAUUUUUCGUUCUGAGAUCGAUUUACAUACAAUAGAUAAGUUAUAUAAAGUAAUCUAUGGAAUAGAUCUGUCAGAAGAUGUCAAACAAAAGUAUCAUGGUGAAUAUGGUAAUACCUUGUUAAAACUUUUGAAAAAAAGAGAAAUCCCAGAUAUAUUUCAACAUUCAAUAUCAAUAUUACCACCAUUAGUUCCUUUGAUUAAAGUCUGAAAUGAUGUUCAUUCUGUUUAUGGAUCUUGUUUCAUUCACUUGUAUGAUAAUGAAUGGAUAUGUUCUUGGAGUUUUUUGAUGUUGCUUGUAAAAUGUCAAUGGUAAAGUUGUGUAAACGAGUUAUUCUGUUGAUGUUAACUUUUGAUAAAAAAAACUAAAUAUAAGUCAGUUUGAAGAAAA